UCCGACAACCAAUCACAGUAAUUUCUGUCGCGCCGUCGCUACCACAAUCCGGACCUAUGAGGACUGAGCUGUAGCGUGCAGACAGCAAGACUCGAAUGCUCUAAAGGCAUAGGCGAAUUUUUGUUCUAAACUCGUUAUUAUUGUUGUGCUCCGGGUGUCAAUUGUCGGCCGGCAAUUGGCCAAGGGACGAUUUAUUUAGUUGUGUUCUGCAGGGUUUCUUUCGGAGUGAAAAAUUUGGGUUUUACCAGUGAAAACUCUGAGUGCGGACGGUGCUGUCGAGUGGUUCGUGAUGCGCGACGAACAAUUUGCAAAAGCGUUUGAACGAAGACACCUUAAAUUUGCGUUCCUUACUUGCAUUGAGUUUUCAAUUGAACGUCGAUUUUUUGUUAUUCAGAACAAGUUUUCGCAGAGUCUUAUUGUUUCUAUGUGCCAAAUGCAAUAACGUAAUCGUUAGCUACUCGAUUAUCGGUUGGCGCGCCUUUUAAAUCCUAGUUAGCUAUUGCCAUUAACGCUCUGCUUUGAAGUAAUUGGCUUUACUCAUGUUCUACUGGUCAAUUUAGUGGAUAAUUAUUAUCGUGGAAAAUUGAGACAUUGAAUUGUCGUCACUCUGUUUUAUGGAGUUUUUACAUUAAUUUGAUUUAAUCGACGUGAUUUAUAUAUUAAAUAUAGAAUGGAUGAUGAAAUAGUGGUGGAUGAUAUGGAAGAGAAUAGUAAUAAUGCAGAGACAUCACAGUCUGAAGAUCCAACUACGCAUGUUAUGCCUUUGCUAUACAUACAGCAAGGUAAACUGCGUUCUGGUCAAUCAUCAACCAAUAAUCAAACUAUUGUUUCACCAGCUACUACACAACUUGCCGCCAUAAUCAAUCCAGUUAAUAAUCAGAUUGUUACAGGACAAAACAAAGUGUUUAUACAAAGUCCUGGGCAGGUAACUACGUCACAGAGUAAGCAACAACACAUUGUCAUUCAUCGUCCAAUUAGUAGCGGGAAUACGACGGCAACCACGCAGGGCCAGAAGCACAUACUCCUACGAAAGUCGAACACCUCGACAGCUCAGAUUGUGCCACUUAAUACAUCCCAAGGAACUCAAGCUCACGCUCAGGCAGGAAAACACACCUUCGCCUAUCUUGGUACUCUUAUCAAGCCGAAUAAGUCCCGAGAAUCUGUUGUCAUACCUGCAGGUGCAUUGUCUACCACACAAAUUACUAAACCGAAACUUGUGAUCACACCUGUGAUAUCGCAAUUGGCGCAGACGUCGACGAGUACAACUUCGGGCUCUCAGAGUCAACCGGGUAAACACAUGGCAAAUUUGUUACUACCCGUCAGUAUUCCGCAACAGAGCGGUCCUACGAAACAAGGAAUGUUCAAUCUUAAGAUCAAUAAUGGUCAGAUCAGUACAGACAGUAAAGGAACUAUAACGGUCUUGCGAGAAUCAAAAACAACGAAUUCCACGACUCAUCCGCCGCCACUGCAUCCUAUCACCAAAAUGAGUUUACUUACCGCCAGCAAGGGUGGCAACAAUUCUUCGGAUAGUAUAAAGAUAACAGAAAAUCCUGACUCAGCUGUUAUUACACCAAUUCCAAAAAAAGACGACGGAGGAAAUCCGCCUGAAAAACGAAAGAAAACUAUAAGCAAUAUACUGCGAGGUUCCAGUGAAAAGCGUAUAAAAAAACAGAGUAUACCGAAAUCAUCACAGGAAGGUAUUGUCGACGUCAGUUACGCACUGAGCAGUCCUGAAUCUGAACAGGACAAGGAUAAGAAAUCGCAGAAUGACGACGACAUCACGUUGAUAAAGGUGAUACAGAGCGAGGAUAAAUCGUCAAAAUUAAACUCAUCGAUGGACGAUGAAAUAAAGAUUGAGAUUAUUAAGACAGCAACGUCCAGCGGGGUCGAAAUGAUAUCUGAGAGCAAUGGUGAAGCCAAAGUUAAUACACGUGACGAGUCCAAGGAGCACAUGAAUACGACGCAUCAAAACGAUCCGAAUUUCGAUGCCACCAAAGUUUUGGAUUGGAAGGAUGGCGUGGGAACUUUACCUGGCAGUACUUUGAAGUUUUGCAUGAACGAGUUUGGUUUGAUGGAAGUUGUGGAUGAGGAUGACAAUAAUAAGCAAGAUAAAGAUUCCAAUAUUGGCGAUAAAGAGAAUGUAUGUUUAACUCAGAAUACUUCGAAGUCAAGUCCUGCCACUGUCAGUACUGAGAAAAAAUCCGAAGAUAGAAAAACCCGGGCUGUUUCGGCCGACACAAUUUAUUGCUGUGAGAGUUGCGGCUGCUACGGCUUGGCUGCGGAAUUCGAGAGUCUUAUUUCGUGCAGUCCAUCCUGUACCGAGAUAAUAGAAGCCAAGAAAUUGCAGAUGAUGCGCAAGGAAAAGGAUCUCAAAGAUUUGCGUGCCAAACGAAAACGUAAGAGAUUGCUGCAGGAGCAGCAGCAGUCUAAAGACGUGGAAGAGAAGCCAGAGGAAAAAUCUUCCGAGAAACCGAAAUCCGAAACUGACGAAGACACUAAAGAUAUGUCGAUAACAGGAAUCGAAGAUGAGAGUCAAGGAGAAUCCUCGGAGUCCAAGUAUCCAUGGCAAACAGGGAAACUAGGUUUUUCCUGGGCAAAAUACUUGGAGCACACAAAAGCAAAAGCAGCACCUGUCAAGUUGUUCAAGAACGCAUUCCCCUAUAGUAAAAACCAGUUUAAGGUUGGCAUGAAACUAGAAGGUAUAGAUCCGGAGCAUCCAUCACGAUACUGCGUCUUUACUGUGGUGGAAGUUAUGGGAUACCGGAUACGUCUCCACUUUGAUGGUUAUCCGGAAAAUAACGAUUUCUGGGUAAACGCAGAUAGCAUGGAUAUCUUCCCCGUCGGUUGGUCAGAAAAGAAUGGCCAUCGUUUAGAUCCACCACGGGGAUACGUAGCGAAUAAUUUCAAUUGGAAUGCAUAUCUGAAAAUAUGUAAGGCCACAGCAGCACCGAAGAUAAUUUUUGCAAAUAAGAACGUCACGACGGCACUCUUCCCAACUGGUUUCCGGGUUGGAAUGAAAUUAGAAGCUGUAGAUAGGAAACACUCAUCUCUGGUGUGUGUCGCUAGUAUAGCUGGAUUAAUGGACUCGCGUAUUUUGGUUCAUUUCGAUUCCUGGGACGAGGUAUAUGAUUAUUGGGCAGAUGCAAGUUCGCCGUAUAUUCAUCCAGUAGGGUGGUGUCUUCAUCAUGGUCAUAGCUUAACGCCUCCAAACGAUUAUAAAGAUCCCAAGUCGUUUACCUGGGAGACCUAUCUUAAGGAGACCGAUUCGAGUGCUGCCCCCGCGCGAGCAUUCAAGCAGAGGCCACCAUGCGGUUUUAAACGAGGCAUGAAACUUGAAGCCGUUGACAAACGAGUUCCUCAGCUUAUCAGAGUAGCAACUGUGGAAGAUGUUAAAGACCACAUGAUUAAAAUACGAUUUGACGGUUGGCCAGAGAAUCACGCCUAUUGGGUCGAUGACGAUUCCUUGGAUAUCUAUCCCAUGGGAUGGUGCCUCAAGACUGGGCAUCCAUUAGAACCGCCAUUAACGGCUGAACAGUUAAAUGAACGACCUGAGUGUGGAACACCUGGAUGUCGGGGUAUAGGUCACAUAAAAGGCCCAAAAUUCGCGACACACAAUUCUCCAUCAGGUUGUCCCUAUUCGCCACAAAAUCUUCAUAAAGUCAGAGCGAUACCGGAUAGACUGAAUGUCAAGCACGAGGCGUGCGAGUUCGACGACGAUUUAUUGGAAAGGUCAAGGACGGAGAGAAUAAAAGCUGAGAAGUCGGACAGAUGUGAGAAGCCAUUACCAACAGAAGAAAAGCCAAUAAAAACGGAGAAGGAUAUAAAGCAAGAGGAUGCCGAAUACUCGGAUAAAAAUGAAAAACCAGAAUCUCUUGAAAGACCAUCGACAAAAUGGCGGAAUCAUCAUAGCGACGGACAAACGGAUGACGAUGAGUUGGGGAAGAAACGGAAAAAAAGGCGACAAGUAUACGAGGACUCCAAUAUGUCACUGUCCAAUUCAGCUUUCGGCGAUUCUACUGUCAUAAGCGUUCCUUACGCAGUAAAUAUGCCAGAUAAACAACUCAGAACGGAACUCUAUCAUUCUGUAUAUAAUCCGGGAUACAAUCCGUUACCGGAUGCUCCACAUAUAUGGGCCAAGCACAGUAACGCCCUUAACAGAGUGGUAGCCAGACAGAAUACUAAUCCACGGAGAUGGUCGAACGAGGAGGUAAUAAAGUUCAUUCAGAGCGUUCCAAAUUGCAAGGAGAUUGGAAGUAUAUUUCGAAAGCAGAGUAUCGACGGCGAAGCAUUUUUAAUGCUAACUCAGGAAGAUUUAGUAUCCUUGUUGGGUUUGCGACUCGGACCUGCGAUAAAGUUGUACAAUAGUAUAGUGUUGCUGCGUCGAAGAGCCACGUGAAUAGUAGGAGUGCGAUGAACGUACCGGAAAUAAUGCAUCGUGAUUGGCGUCGCAAUUGCGACAGCCGUUCCGUGAGAGUGACGUCGAUUUAUAUUUAUUUGUGGAAAAUUUUGCGGAGAAACUUUCGGUGAUAGUGCGCGAUAAUUGAUCACGUUAUUUGCGGAUAUUUAUUAUGCGAUUCUUCGAUCGGUCGUACGUAAGGAUGUGACGCAUCGUUUUUAAAAGGCACUGAUUUAUAUUUCGAGAGAAAAUGUGCCUGAAAUUGAAGGUACGCAGUCUCACUUUUCUAGCGUCACAAGUUUCUGUACGAGUUUAUCCGUAUACACGGCUGGGGUACCGAUAAUCGACUGCUGUAAUUCUUUUUCUUACGUGAUAAAAAUGCACUCAAUUAUGUACAAAUGUAAAUAUAACAAUCUCAAUAAUUAAAAUGUAAUGAUAUUUCUAA